GCAGCUAUUUCUCAGAAGUAGUUUUGAAGAAAUAAAAGCCCCCCCACCACCACCGCCCCCUUCCACACUCCGGACACUCCAUAUAAAGAUGGGGAGGAUUGGAACUCAGACAGACGUGCCUUGAUCAGCCAGAAAACCAACGUCAGCAGUAUUUUUUAAGAGAAACCGUCCAUCGCUGUGAUGUCUCCAAGCCUUCUGGCUCUCUGCCUGCUCCUCUGUUUUUACUCCGGCUCGAACGCAUAUCCAGCCAAGCCUCCUGGUCCCCGGGAAGGAGCACCACCCGAGGAGCUUGCCAAAUAUUACUCUGCACUGAGACACUACAUCAACCUCAUUACCAGACAAAGGUAUGGAAAGAGAGACAGCCCAGACACUAUGUUUUCAGAUUUGUUAGUGAGGGAAAGCACAGAGAGCGUCCCGAGCUCCAACUAUAUCAGAUACGAGGGGUUGCCUGUGUGGUGAUGGAGCUGUGGUGUCGGGCUGAUUUUAAAACUGCUCUCACAUCUGCUAGUGAUGUGAGAUUACCUUGUAUGUUUGCAUGGAAUAAAGACUGGAUUAACAGACA